UUAAUUACCGAUUCUGUUUAGAAAGCUCUCUCUUUUAAAAAUUUCUUCUUGGCCCCAGGCAAUCCAUGUUCUUGAAAACAAAGGAAUUCUUUUGUAUUUCUUGGGGAAAAAAUUAAUUACCGAUUCUUUCUGGAAAAAAAAGAAAACGCUUGGAAAGUUGUGAAUUUAAGCCAUCAAAAGAACAUCUUCAAAGAUUUUGAUUUUACGGCUUUUUAGUGGAAGAAAAUCGAUCAGCAAAGAGAUGGAAGAAGGACCCAGAUGUUAAGCGGCGGCGUUUCGAUGGUUUGCUCGAUCAAAGCUAAAGAAAGCAUGGUUUUUCGAUGGAGCAAAGAUGAUAGGGUGGAUGUUUUAAUGGAUAUAUAGAAAGGGAGGUAGUUAUAUAUUGUUUUUAGCGUUGUUAUUUGAUGGGAAAGGUGGUAUUAGGGGUGGCAGUAGGGGUGGCGGUGGCCGCGUGUGCGGUGGCGGCGUUGGUGGUUGGAAGGAGAGUAAGGAGUAGGAAGAAAUGGAAGAGAGUGGUUGGGGUUUUGAAAGAGUUGGAAGAAAGUUGUGAGACCACAGUCGGGAGAUUAAGGCAAGUAGUGGAUGCUAUGGCUGUUGAGAUGCAUGCUGGUUUAGCUUCUGAAGGAGGAUCCAAACUCAAAAUGCUGCUCACUUUUGUUGAUGAUCUACCAUCUGGGAGUGAGAAAGGGAUUUUUUAUGCUCUAGAUCUUGGAGGUACUAAUUUUAGGGUCUUACGGGUUGAACUAGGAGGCCAAAGAUCUGAUUUGGAUCCGGAUGUGGUGCAACAGCCCAUUCCCGAGCAGUUGAUGACUGGCAAAAGUGAGGAUCUUUUCGAUUUUAUAGCUUCGUCAUUGUAUCAGUUUGUCGAAAAGGGAAAUGAUUCAGUGCAAUCUCUGGUUACAAAAGAACUCGGAUUUACUUUUUCUUUUCCAGUAAAACAGACAUCUGUUUCGUCAGGGGUUUUAAUCAAAUGGACAAAGGCAUUUGCAAUCAAAGACAUGGUGGGAAAAGAGGUUGCUGGAGCUUUACAACAAGCACUGGACAGGAAAGGUUUAAAUAUGCGAGUUGCUGUGCUGCAGGUGAAUGACACUGUUGGAACAUUAGCUCUUGGACAUUAUCAUGAUGCGGACACUGUUGCUGCAGUGAUAAUUGGAACAGGCACAAAUGCCUGCUAUUGGGAGAGGACCGAUGCCAUCAUUAAGUGCCAAGGGCUGCUUACGACUUCUGGAGGCUUGGUUGUCAAUAUGGAAUGGGGAAAUUUUUGGUCAUCUCAUCUGCCAAGAACUUCAUAUGAUAUCAAAUUAGAUGCCGAGAGUCCAAAUCCGAAUGAUCAGGGUUUUGAGAAAAUGAUAUCAGGCAUGUAUCUCGGUGACAUUGUGCGGAGAGUGAUUCUAAGAAUGUCAGAACAGUCGGAUAUUUUUGGACCAGUUUCUUCCAGUUUAUACUUGCCCUUUGCCUUAAGGAUGCCUGCGAUGGCUGCAAUGCACGGGGAUGACUCCCCUGAAUUGAUGGAAGUGGCGAGAAUCUUAAAUGAUGUUCUUGAUAUUCCAGAUGUUCCCUUGAAGGCUAGGAAGCUUGUUGUGAAGAUAUGUGAUGUGGUAACCCGCAGGGCUGCUCGAUUGGCAGCUGCAGGCAUUGUCGGGAUCUUGAAAAAGAUUGGUCGGGAUGGAAGCGGUGGCAUCACGGGUGGAAGAAGUAGAAGUGAUAUCAAGAUGAGAAGAACCGUGGUGGCGGUGGAGGGGAGUUUAUACACACAAUGCACGAUGUUUAGGGAGUACUUGCACGAAGCCUUGCACGAAAUACUGGGGGAGGAUAUUGCGCGACAUGUUGUGAUUAACGUUACGGAAGAUGGGUCAGGGACUGGAGCGGCUCUCCUUGCUGCCUCGCAUUCAUCAUCGGGAAGUGUGGAUAACAUACAGCCGGUAUAAAUAUAUGUUUACCUAAUAUACAUAUAUGAUAUAGCCCCUGUAAAUGUAGAAUUCAAUUUCCUUAUAAAUUUUUAAAAAAGAAGGGUUCGUCUUUCUUUGUAUCCCUAAGGCUCUUUCUUUCUUUUCUUUUUAUUUAAAAAAUCAAGGUUAUUGUA